AUGAUCCACUCCAAUCACUCCAUCUAUUCCAUCUUUUGCUGCUGUUGUACAGUGCAGGCCAGAACUUUUCUGUCGGUUUACGGAUUUAUAUUCUCACGUUUUCAGGUAGAACGUUCCAGAAAGAAGCUACCAGCUCCUCCGCCUGAGAAUGAUGAGGGGGGGAGAAUGACAGUGGUGGCCAUGUAUGAUUUCACAGCCACAGAAGACACAGAUCUGACCCUGAAACAGGGAGAGGAGUACACUAUCCUUCACAAACAAGACCAGCUGUGGUGGAGAGCACAGGACAAAUACGGGAAUAAAGGUUUCAUUCCUAGCAAUUAUGUCACAGAGAAAAACCAAAUUGAGGCCAACUACUGGUACUGCAAAAACAUCAACAGAACAGAGGCGGAGACUUUACUGAGACGGGAGGCUAAAGAGGGUGGAUUUAUUGUGAGAGACUCCAGUCAACCAGGCAACUACACAGUUUCUGUCUACACCAAAACCCUGAGUCCGAACGUGGGCAAUGUCAGGCACUACCAGAUCAAGCAGACAGCUUCAGGGCAGUUCUUCCUGUCUGAGAAACAUCUCUUCGACUCCAUACCAGAGGUCAUUCGCUACCAUGAACACAAUGCUGCUGGUCUGGUGGCAAGGCUACGGUAUCCUAUAGGCCCUAUGGGUCGUUGUUUGCCAGCCACCGCAGGAUUCAGCUCAGAUAAGUGGGAGAUCAACCCGUCCGAGCUGACGUUUAUGAAGGAACUGGGCAGUGGGCAGUUUGGAGUGGUCAGACUGGGAAAGUGGAGGGCACUGUGUAAGGUCGCCAUCAAAACUAUCAGUGAAGGAGCGAUGUCUGAAGAUGACUUUAUAGAGGAGGCGAAAAUAAUGACGAGGCUCUGCCAUCCUAAGUUAGUACAAUUGUAUGGUGUUUGUACUACUCAGAGGCCUAUAUGUAUUGUGACUGAGUUCAUGGAGAACGGCUGCCUUCUCCACUACCUGCGACAAAGCAAUGGCAAGCUGGACUGCGGGAGGCUGCUGUCCAUGUGUCAGGACGCUUGUGAGGGGAUGGACUACUUGGAGAAGAACAGCUUCAUACACCGAGAUCUGGCUGCACGAAACUGUCUGAUUAAUGAGAGGAAUGUGGUUAAAGUCUGUGACUUUGGGAUGACCAGGUAUGUGUUGGACAAUGAGUAUCGCGGUUGUAGCGGCUGUAAAUUCCCAGUGAAGUGGUCCCCACCUGAGGUUCUACACUACUGCAAAUACAGCAGCAAAUCUGACGUCUGGUCAUUUGGUGUUUUGAUGUGGGAGAUUUUCACGGAAGGCAAGACGCCCUUUGAAAACAAAACCAACGCAGAAGUAGUGAACGAAGUCACGCAGGGACACCGCCUCUAUCGUCCACACAAAGCCUCCGCUGCUGUCUAUGAAAUCAUGUUCAGGUGCUGGCAUGAGAGACCAGAGGGCCGGCCGUCUUUCUCAGAACUUCUGCAGAACAUUAAAGAAUUAUCUGAGGAAGAAUGA